AUGGAAAAUGCGGGCGGCGGGCGGCCCCGGGGAGAUCCGCCGACCGCAGCCGUCGCCGGCCUCGCCCUCCUUCGCCGCAUGGAAAAUGCGGGCGGGGCGGGGGAGGAGAGUGACAGGGCCCUGCAUCUUGAAGAGCUCUUGUUGGCGCAAGCCCAAGGUACUGCUAGCCCAUUUCUUGGCAGCCAGAAUGUUUUAGCUGCUUCCAUUCUCAGCACAGUGAUGGAAAACUCAGCCUCUUCUGGUACUGGUAGCAGUCCACCCAAUAGUGUCUUCUGUUCCAAAUAUGAAAUACAUAUUGAUGCGGAGAAAAAAUCCGUGAGUGGUGCUGGCAAAGAACAUGUGGAAAACAUUCUGGAAGAAUACUCGCAGGAAGGUAGAGAUGUGCAGAAGAGGCUGAAUGAAACCACUGAGCUACAUGAGCGACAGAAAAUCAGUUUAAGCCUGAUCAUUGCUGAUUUGCAGACCAAACUGAUGGAAGUGCAAUUGGAAAGAGAUUUGCUUCAGGAUACCAGACAAAAGGAAUCCCAGAGCCAAGAGAAUGUGAAAACACAGCUAAAAAAUACUAUUCAAGAGCUGGAAGCUGCCAACCAGCUGCAGGAGGAGAUGCUGAGGGAGGCUGACAGCCAAAAUGAGCAUCUGAAAAAGAUGGUACACAGCCACAAGGAAGUACUUCUGGAAAUACACGGCAUCCUAAUGGACUAUGAAGACAGCACAGGCAAGAAACUCUAUGAGCAUGAGAAUAUUACUAGCCUACACAUCCACAACCUGAGCACAGCAUUUGCUGACAUCCUGCGAGAUUUAGACUCAGAGGUGUCAUACCUCAAAGAAAAGGUUGUCCUGGUGGAAGAAGAGCUUGAGUCAUUGAAAAAAGAUUCACAGACCCAAAAACUUCUGCUUCAGCAACAUCAAAAUAGGAUUGAGCAGCUAAUAAGUGAGCAUGAACAGGAGGUGGCAGCACUAACUGAUAAAGCUAACAGUGCGCGCAGCUAUGCAAAUAGUAUCCAAAGCCAGAUGGAGAUCAUUCACGAACAAACAAGAACGCAAAAUUCAGUGCAUGCACAUCAAGUUAGUCACCUGGAAUCUACAGUUUCUCAGCUGCGUUCUGAAUUACGAGAAGCUAAGAGGAUCUAUGAAGACAAGGUCGAAGAUCUUGAGAAGCAGUCGCACCCAGCUCAUUCUGCGAUAGCAGAAGCUCAAACAGAACAGGAUCAACGCAGCCAAGAAUCUGGAAAUCUGAAUGACCAGAUUCAUCAACUGUUGACUGAACUUCAUAAAAAAGAGAUAGAACUAAAUCUAGAAAAAGAGCAGAACAAGCGAUUUUGGGAUCAGAACACAGACAGCAGCAUCACCAUUGACCAUCUAAGGAGAGAACUAGACAACAAAAACAUGCAAUUGCAGCGCAUGGAAAACACAGUGAAGGAAAUGAAGACUGAAUGUCACAGGCAAAUGGAGCGCCAGAUGGCCGCAAUUAAGGAAAAAAAUGAAAGCAUUGGAAGAAUCUCUUCUUUGACUGUCCGACUGGAGUCAACCAAGGAAACACUCCGUAAAGUUAAGGAAGAUCUCACAGCCAAACAGAUCGAUUUGGAGACUGCUGAGAAAACAGUGUCAAAACUGACAGCCCGUCUGCAAGAGAAGGAGAGCGCCCUUGAGGUUACCAAUAAGGAAAUCAAGAAGCUAUGUUCGCAACUUGGCAGUAGGAUGCAGGAGCUCCAGCAAUUAAAGAAUGAAGAGGACUGUUCACACAAUGCGCAGUCAGAGUGUGAAACGCUGAAACUGCAGCUGUUGGAGAAGGAAAGGAUUAUUGAGAUCUUCCAAAAGCAAAUUGAUAACAUGACCCAGAUUGUGAGCCAGCACAGUCGAACUGCUGGAGCAAUGGAAGUUGAGAAAUCUCAGCUUAUAAAAGAAAUAAAUGACUGGAAACUUAAAGUAGAAGAACUUAAGAUUGCAAAGGAUGAGAAGGAAGCCAGAAUACAUGAAAUGGAGGCCAGACUGAGUGAACUGGAACUGGAAAAGGUUAAACUGGUAAACACAUGCAGUGAGAGGCUCCAUGCACUUAAUGAUAUGAAACUGGAAAAAGACCAGCUAAUGAAUGAACUCCAAGCCAGUCGGAGUGAGCUAGCUGGCCUUGAAGAGGGAUUUGAAGAUUUGAAGAAGGAUUAUCAGGAUAAGAUCAAGGAGAUGGAAAAUAGUGCAAACAGACUGAAAAUGCAGUUGAAAUCUGCCCAAGCUGAACUGGAACGGACCAGGACUGCUUUGAAGACUAUGGAGGGAUCUGAUGGCCAUGCUAUGAAAGUUGCAAUGGGAAUGCAGAAGCAGAUCACAGCCAAGAGAGGACAGAUAGAUGCAUUACAGAGCAAGAUUAAAUUCUUGGAAGAGGCAAUGACAAAUGCAGCUAAGGAGAAGCAUUACCUCAGAGAAGAAAAUUGUAAACUAAGUCAAGAAUUGAGCUAUAUUACAGCAGAAAAUACCAAGAUUGCUGGGGAACUGGAGAUCCUGAGAUCACAAGACAAACGUCUGAAAGAAAAAAUACCUAAGAUGGAGGCAGCCCUUGAUAAGGCAUCCAUGCAAUUUGCAGAAUGUCAGUGCAUAAUCCAGUGUCAGGAACAAGAAGCUAUGCGCUUCAGACUGCAGCGUACUUUAGAUGUAAAAGAGCUGCAGGGCCCAGGCUACUCGCCAGCUUCUGCUUCAGGCAAGCUGCGGCACGUAGUGCCUCUUUCCCACCUGCACUCUGCUGUCAUGCCACCUUCCCUGAACUUGGCCAGCUGUGCCCCUCAUAUGCCUUCCAAGCCAGGCAUUUUGAAGGAAGAACCACUGCAGGAUCUAAAGAGGAUUCUUCAAGAAUUAACAAGCUCAGACAAUGACAUUCCCUCUGUGGCUCUUGGCAAGGAUGACAGCAGUGAGAUGGUGCAAGUAGAGGAUGCGCUGCUGUCUUCAGCCUACGAUCGGGUCCUUGCAAGAGGCAGACUGCAGCUAGAGACUCUGCUACUGAAAGCAUCGUGGAAAAGGAUACUUUCGGACGGGAUCGUUCAUGCUUACGUACUGCAGAUCUUCAGUCCCAAGACGUUACCCUGCCCUUUACAUCGCUUGGUAUCUAAACAUGGAUGUGCUUUUGAGAGGAAUCAGGUCAUUGCAAAUUCCAUUGAUUUCCUUUCAAGAGGUGCAUCCAUCUUCUCAGCAGCUCCUCGUUAUACAUCCUUCCCCAAGAAGGUCUCUCAGGAGGAGAGGUACAGAGAAAGGUCUCCAGUACACUUGCUAUUAACUGCUCCACCCCAUGACCUUGCAGCUGGCCCCAGCACCUCACCAGAGCACAGACUGUCUGCAAGGAAGGUUGGCUCUCCAGAGGGUGCAGCCGCAGUCCCCCAGAUAACUUCUCAGCCCAUGGAAACCAGUGAGAAUACACCUAGGAGGCUACAGAACAAGAUGGAAAGCCUGCAAAACCUGGUGGAAUCAUUACAGAUAAAAAAACAAGCCAUGUCAUCAAUGAUCAGAACUCAGGAAAUGAAGAUAGAGAAAGCAAAGCAAAAGGAGAAAAAGCUAUCAAAGUGAAGACGCCGUAUACAUUAGUGAUUACUUUCACGUAUGUACAUUGUGUUUAAAAUAUAUUUUUAAAGAUAAAUAAUAAAAGUUCUUACGGUUUUGUAAUUCUUGCCUGGAACCAUGACACUCUACUUCUAAAUGAGUGGGAAGUACAAGAGGAGUAGAAAUACAUCUAAAUACAGACUCUUUCACGGGCGCACGUAUUCAAUAGCUUUGUGCUGUGAGAGACACUGGCCACAGGGCACUUGCUGACUGCUUCAAGUUCCAGUAUUUCUUGCAUGUGUUCUGGAUC